AUGGGGUACUACUUGGCCGAUGGCAUAUACCCACGGUGGCCUGUUUUUGUGAAGACGAUCAGCUACCCACUGGGUGACAAGAGAGUGUUAUUUGUGGCAAAACAGGAGGCUGCGCGGAAGGAUGUGGAGCGGGCUUUUGGUGUGCUCCAAUCGUGGUGGGCAAUAGUGAAAGGUCCGACACGUUUGUGGUUCAAGGAAGUCAUCGCCGAUGUCAUGUAUGCGUGCAUCAUCUUGCAUAACAUGAUAGUCGAACAAGAAGCUGGACAUGUCACCGAUUGGGGCGAUGAUGAAAGUGGAUCUAGGUCCAGCACAGCGAGCGCGACUGUUGCUUACGGAUUACCGAUGGACUUCAGUGAGGUUCUAGCUAGAGAGACCUCAAUGCGCAGCCAACAAGACCAUGCGACGCUUAUGAACGACAUGAUUGAAGAAGUUUGGAAGCGCCACGACCAUUGA